AGGUUUGUACUGCUUUAGCUUCGCCUGUCGUUUCCCUCCUUCCACACAGUGUGUUUCUCAACUCACACAAAUGCCUGGAAUCUGAGGGAACGGCGGAGUUUGGCUGAGAGCGAAAUUUGAAGACCCUGAGAGAAGCGCUAGCAGAUCCCGCUGAGACGUUCUGAGCCGCUGUGUGUGCGCGACAUAUGCAGGGUGUAUAGCAGUCCAAGAUGUUUAACAAAUCAUUUGGUGCUCCCUUCGGGGGAGGAACAGGAGGAUUUGGGACAUCAUCCACGUUUGGACAACAAAACACUGGGUUUGGAACAACAGGUGGCUUUGGUUCCUCAGCUUUUGGGACCGCAAAUAACACAGGAGGUCUCUUUGGGACACCACAGAACAAACCUGGUGGACUUUUUGGGUCCAGCACCUUCAGUCAGCCUGUCACCUCCUCAACUAGCAGUGGGUUUGGUUUUGGAGCCACCAGUGGCACCUCCAACAGCCUUUUUGGAAGCACCAACACAGGAGGUGGAGGACUCUUCUCCCAGCAGGGCAAUGCAUUUAGUGCCAAUAAACCUACCUCUUUUGGCACUUUUGGCAACAGUACUGCCAGUACCGGCGGCGGGCUGUUUGGGACAACCAACACCCCCUCCAAUCCAUUUGGAGGAACCUCAGGAUCCUUAUUUGGGGCUUCAAGCUUCACUGCCACCCAGCCUGGCACAGCCAUCAAAUUUAAUCCACCAACUGGAAGUGACACAAUGGUAAAGAGUGGUGUGACGACCAGCAUUAAUACCAAACACCAGUGCAUCACAGCCAUGAAGGAGUAUGAAAACAAAUCUCUAGAGGAGCUGAGGUUGGAAGACUACCAGGCGGGCAGAAAGGGGCCCUCCAACCCAAUAGCUGCCAACACAUCCAGCCUAUUUGGAGCUUCUGCAGCGGCUCCCAGCACUGCUACUGGGCUCUUUGGUUCCUCAACCACCAGUACUGCCUUCAAUUUUGGCCAGAAUAAGACCACAUUUGGAACUGGUACAACUGGCUUUGGUGCAACCACAGCCCCUUUAUUUAGCCAACCACAACAACAGAAUAACAGUCUCUUUAAGCCUUUCGGUCAGGCUACCACUGCCCAAAACACUGGCUUCUUCGGCAACACCAACACCAUGGGUCAGCCCAACACCAGCAGCAUGGGCCUGUUUGGGAACACUGCUCCAUCUCAGGCUGGAGGGCUGUUUGGGAACACAGCAAACACCAGUACGGCCACUGGCUUUGGCACAGGCGCAAGUCUCUUUGGCCAGAACAGCGCAGCAUUUGGAAAUACCUUGUUUGGUAAUAAACCUCCUGGUUUUGGCACCACCACAACCAGUGCACCCUCCUUUGGUACACCUUCUACUUUGUUUGGCAACAAGCCCCCCCUUACUCUGGGAGCCAACACAAAUACUUCCAACUUUGGGUUUGGUGCCAAUCCUGCUGGAGCAAAUAUGUUUGGAAACAAAACCACUGGUGCCCUAGGGACAGGUCUAGGAACAGGUUUUGGAGCAGGUGUAGGCACAGCGCAACCGUCUCUGUUUGGAAAUACCCAGAACAAAAUCGGCUCAACUUUGGGCCCGGUUGGGACGUUUGGAGCCACUGGAUUCAAUACAGGAACCAGCGCUUUGAACUUUGGAGCACCACAACAGCCUGUUGCUCUGACUGACCCCAAUGCUGCCGCAGCCCAGCAAGCAGUGAUGCAACAACAGAUCAAUGCCCUGGCUUAUGCACCUUUUGGAGACUCGCCUCUUUUCAGAAACCCUCUCUCUGACCCCAAGAAGAAAGAGGAGCGUUUAAAGCCAACAAAUCCAGCUGCCCAAAAAGCUCUGACAACCCCAACACACUACAAGCUGACCCCCCGUCCUGCCUCACGUGUGCGUCCCAAGGCCCUCACCUCCUCAGGGUCUGCCAAAUCUCAGCUCUUUGAUGGACUGGAUGAUGAUGAACCUUCUGUAACCAAUGGAGCUUUUAUGCCAAGAAAGAGCAUAAAGAAGCUUGUGCUGAAGAACCUGAAUGGCAGCAGUUUAUACAGCAGCCCGCUGAACAGAGAAGCUGAUGACUUGAACUCUCCUUCAGAGUACCCACAGAACGGCCUCAGUUUGAGAACCGAUAAAGAGGAAAUUCAAGAUGGUGAGACCGAGAGGGGAGUGGAGGAUGAUCUGGAAGUGUCCAAAUUUUACACCAACCCCAUUGCAAAGCCCAUCCCACACUCUCAGCCCAGCCCCUUACUGCAGGACACCAUUACUGAGCUGAACAUGAGAAGAGGUGUCAAUGCCCGCAAUGGACUGGAUCUAAGCAGUGAGGAAAUCUCCUUAGGUGAGGAUUCUGUUCAGGAGGAGCGAGAUGAGGAGCUGGAGGCCCAGAAACCACCUCACCCAGCCGGUAUAGUGCUCAGUCGUGUAGGCUAUUACACCAUUCCAUCCAUGGAAGAGCUCGGAAAGAUGCUGAAUGAAAAUGGAGAAUGUAUUGUGGAGAACUUCACUGUAGGCAGGAAAGGUUAUGGAUCUGUGUUUUUCCCUGGUGAGGUAAAUCUGACCAACAUGAAUCUGGAUGAAAUUGUACACUUUAGACGCAAGGAGGUAAUAAUCUACCCUGAUGACAAAGAAAAACCUCCUGAGGGAGAAGGCCUUAACAGGCGUGCAGAGGUGACCCUGGAUGGUGUGUGGCCCAAUGACAAAACCACUUGCACACAGAUCAAGACUCCUGAGCGUCUGACCGAGAUGAACUACGAGGGGCGACUGGAGAAUGCGUCUCGUAAACAGGGUGCUCGUUUCCUAGAGUACCGGCCUGAAACUGGCUCCUGGGUGUUUGAGGUGGCCCACUUCUCCAAGUAUGGCCUGCAGGAUUCUGACGAGGACGAAGAGGUUCCACCAGCCAGGACCGACCCAAAAAAGCUGAAGACCGCUAUUCAUCCUGGGCUGCAGCAGAUUCCACCUACCCAGCAGCAGAUGGCGCCACAGGCUCAGAGUACGGCACUGUUGGAGCUUCUCAGCCGUGUGUCGGAGCUGGACAGUGACAUGGCAGACAUUACCCAGGACCAAGCACCUGAUGGGGUUUUGUGUGAGGAGGAUGAGGGUGCUCUGGAUGAGGAUGCAAAGAUGGCACUAAGAUUGGAAACCCCUGCUGAACAUGAGCCUGUCUCUGCCUCCAGCCAGAUUGCCUCUACACUGGGGAUCAAUCCUCACACCCUUCAGAUAAUGAAGGCGUCUCUGUUUGCGGGGGAUGAUGAGUAUGACCCCUUCCAUGAGCAGCUCCCUCAGAAAAUCUUGGAGGAGGUUGCAUCUCCACGUGUUUUACUUGGAAAAUCCCAAGGUGGUCUGUCAGUGGGGAAUCUUUUACAGACUAAGUUCUCAUCAGGUGGGGGGCUCUUUGCCCAUCUGCCAGAGAUUCCUUUCGGAGGGAUUCCUCAGAAGCUCAGUAAACCAGCAGCACCGGAAGCCCCAUGGCCCUCAUUGGGCCCCUCUUUCCUCUUGCCACCUCCAGCUCCAGAGGCCACCCUGCGGACUGUGGGGGCUCGCAGGUUGGAGGGACCUGUAGCUCAGGAGAGCUCGGUCACUCAGGGAAAAGGACGGCUGCUGAUGGAUGCAGCAUUGUACAUGGGCCGGUCUUUCAGGGUAGGCUGGGGCCCUAACUGGACACUGGUGCACUGUGGAGAAUCGAUCAGCACAGCGCAGGAGUCAAAGGAGCAUGCUGUAGACACCAUGGGAUUUGGCUUUCUGCCCAAACCUAGCAAGACCAGACAGAUCACAGAGAGCCCCUUUAAAGUGCAUGUGGAGCAGGUGGUGGGCAUGGAGCCAAAGGCAACAGCAGAGAGCUUAGCUCUGCACCACCGGCCGCUGGAGAUUGGACUUAAGCACAGCACUAUCAGCACUGAGGAUGCAUGCCCCUUCAUCAAGCCUGAAAAAGGAGUGAAUGCAUUGCAUGAGUAUGCUAAGUGGAUUGUCGAGGCCAACAAGGGAACAGGAGAUGCUGUCCUGGGUCAGUGGCAGCAAGUGUGGACCCUGUGUGCAGCUAUUUGGGGCAGGCUGGGAGAUGAGGAAGCGGAGAUUGAGUAUAGUGGGGACUACCAGGAGCAUCUAGCACGCCGACGUAGCUUCUCUCACUGGCUGUCUGAGAGUGCCUCCCAGCGAAUUCUGGAAGAAGUGGGAAGUAGGGGACACAGCCAUGUGGAGGCUAUCUUCAGCUAUCUGACUGGCCACUGCAUAAGUGAGGCCUGCAAACUGGCUCAGAAAAGCGGAGACCAUCGUCUGUCGCUUCUACUCUCCCAAGCAGUAGGCUCCCAGUUAAGCAGAGACCUUUUGGCUCUACAACUAGCUGAUUGGAACAGAAUGCAGACUGACUCGUUUAUUCAGGAAGAGAGACUUCGAAUAUUUGCCUUACUAGCAGGCAAACCUGUAUGGGAGUCAACAGAUCAUUGUGUAAAUGUGUGUUCUGAGCUGGACUGGAAGCGCUGUGUGGCUGUGCACCUGUGGUACAUGCUCCCUCCUACAGCAUCUAUAGCGGAUGCUCUCACCAAAUAUGAGGCUGCGUUUCAGGGCCAAGAGGAGGUGAGCAAGUAUGCUUGUGCACCUUUCCCUCCUUAUGUGGAUGACCUAGAGCUGCUUGGACUAGAUGAAGAGAUGGAGGACACCGAAACUAAGAAACCCCUCUAUGACAUCUGCUUCCACCUGCUUAAACUCUACAGCGACAAGUACUACAGUCUACAGCAGCUGCUGGACCCUAGCACAGUGACAGCGGAACAGCUGGAUUACAGACUGAGUUGGCACCUGUGGAAUGUGCUACAGGCUCUAAACUACACCCACCUUUCACUUUCACGUCAGGGCCUCCUGCAUGCCAGCUAUGCUGCCCAGCUCGAGAGCGGGGGCCUCUGGGAGAUGGCGGUCUUUGUUUUGCUACACAUCCCUGACUCUGCGCUAAGAGAACGUGCUGUGAGGGAAAUGUUAAACCAGCACUGUACGCUGGAGGAGACUGAGGAGUCUGCUGAGAAGGAGCGUUUCCUUACGGACAAGCUGCUGAUCCCCAUGAAGUGGAUUCACCAAGCAAAAGCCAUUCGCGCCUGCAGGGAUGGAGAUAAACACAGAGAAGCUCUGCACCUCUACAAGGCUGGCCACUGGAAUCACUGCCACCGGCUAGUCAUAAAGUAUCUGGCCUCAGAUUGCAUCAUUAAUGAUAACCAUGAUUACCUGAUGGAGUUUCUGGAAGGCUUGGCUGUGCCUGAGCGCUGUGCUCAGAUCCAGGACUGGGACACCUCAGGCCGGGUGUACCUGGACUACAUCCGCGUUAUUCAGACACUCAAGGCAAUUCAGCAGAUGGAGAGCCCUGGAUACGAGCUGGAGCGGCUACACACAGAGGUAACAUCUCUGUGCAGUAGAAUUGAACUUCUCCCCUGCUCCAAAGCCAAAGAUAGGCUUGCCCAGUCAGAAAUGGCCAAACGUUUGGCCAACAUCCUGCGUGUGGUGCUAAGCCUGCAGCAGGGUGGAGAGGGCACUCCAGACCCACGUCACAUCCCUCUGUGUCAUCUGGCUCCCCACAUUGGACGUCUGCCCAUGCCUGAAGACUAUGCUCUGGAAGAACUUCGCAGCCUCACCCAGUCUUACCUUCGGGAGUACAUUGUUAGUAACUGAAAAUCAGGACAACAUACAGAACUUCAGGGCUUUCUUAUGACUUGGGUGGACACUAUUGGCAAUCAUUAGACGACUUCUAAGCACUCUGGUUCCAGUUCUUUUAGACUUAUGGACUUCCUAAAAGCCCAUUAACACACAAAGCAGCAAAAUCUUCUGGAUCAGUCAUUCCUGCGUGUGUUUGGUUUCUUGUAUGCUUAGAUAAUGUGUGUCUGUUUUUGAUAAAGUAUAUUUUGAAGAGUCUGCUUGAUAAAACCCUGUAUAUUGCUAAUUCCCUAUGGAAGAGGAGACCCUGCCAGCUCUCAGACAACAACAUUUGCAAUUUGAGAAUUACAGUACUACAUAAAACCUCAAAUUUCAGUUCAAAUGCUGAGUAGUUUUGGGUGUAAUACAUUUUACCAUCUAAGCUCUCAACAUUACAUACACCAUCUAGACAGACAUUUCGUUGUUUUUUCCUUUGAGGUUGCGUGCGCAGACUAUGCUGAGCUGUAAUGCAAAAUUUGUGUAGAUGUGGGUUUUUAGUCCCUUCUUCAGAGUCUUUGAAUAUUUUGUGUGUAUGAUGCAAGCAAGUAAGCAACUGUUGAUAGAAAUGUUGGAAAUGCGUGAUUGGAAAGAGUACUAGAGUCUUUUUAAGAUGGAUAAGUAAAACUAAUUGGGGGAAACUUCAUCUGAUGAACUUUCUCUUUUGGCACCAAACACUGGUGACUGGGUAAAAAUGUAAAUUUGGUCAUGAAUAUCUCUAUUUUUGUAGGGUUUUGUACAUAUGCCAGUCAGCAAAACCAUAUUGUUAAAAGCUUGUAACAAACAAAAAUAAAUAAAUGAAUGAAUGAAUGAAGAGCACUCCAGUACAAUAAGUGAAUCUGAGGCUAUGCUUUGAGGAUGUUGAGAGAAAACAUAUGUGGCUGCCAUUCUUUUCCCCCCCAUGCACAGGUUUUACAUGUAUUUAUGAUAACUGCAUUGUAGCUAUGCUCUCUAUCCUAUUUUUAGGCAUCACUUUAAGUGCUUUAGUUCUUCAGAUCAGUCCUGCAAUAUUGUGCCGUUUAUUUCAAUUCUCUUUUGAAGGCUCUGUUUCUUUAAGGCGGGGAUGUGUUUUGCCGGUCUGUGUUUUUUGCUGUGCAUGGUUGUGCAGGUGAUUUAUAUAUUUUUUUUCCUUUUUUUAAAGAAACAAUAAAAUUAAAACAAUACUCAA